AUGGACGCUUAUUCGGCGGGAGCCCCACAGCUGACGCCGAGCGCCAGCCCGGAGACGGCGAACUCCUCCUCAAGCCCGAUGCUAUCGGCGACUACUGAUUCCCGCGCGGCCCAGCAGCCCGCCGCCGCUCCUUCGCGCUUCAAGCAUCUCAAGUGCGACGGCAACACGCCUUGCUCGCGCUGCACCAGCUCCAACACUGAGUGUCACUAUGUGCCGUCUCGCCGGGGCUACAAGGGCCCGAGGAGAGGCACGGCUCAUAAUCCGAACAAGCGCCAUGCAUCCUCGUCGCCCGACGAGACGGGCCCCGGGAACUGUCCCAUGAUGCUGGGACACGGGGGUGUGGCUCUCGCCACGCCCGCGCUCGCCGGCUUCAACCCAGGCAUUGUGAUCCCGGACCAGUCGCCCAUUUCUUAUACGGUCCCAUCUCCCCUGACCAACGUCCCACUCUAUCGAAACCCGUUCGCCCCCGCCAUGGAUCCCAACGCACUCGCUCUGACCACCACUACCACGGCGCCUGCUCCGCCGGUCCAGCCGCCCGUGCCCACACUGGCUGAGCGCUGCUUUGAUGCCUUCUACCACUUCUUCCAUGCUGGCCAUCCGUUUGUGCUGCCAAGGGAGUACUUCCUGCGCAUGCUCAAGGAGGGCACGACGCCCAAUCUCAACGCCGUUGUCGCCGCCAUGCGAUACAUCGGGUCGCUGUACGUCGACGCUGGUCCCGCCAAGGCAACCUACCUUGACGAUGCCAUUCGCCAGUGCUACCAGCCCGGCACUCCAAAGGACGGCUUCCUGAUCCAGGCUCUGCUGCUCGUCAUCAUUGGUCUGGAUGGGUCGUGCAACCAGGCCAAGGCCCGGGAGCUGCUUGCCGACUGUGAGCGCUAUGCCAUCGAGAUUGACCUUAACAAGCGCGAGUUUGCUACCCUGCACGGCCGCGGCAACCCCGUGCUCGAGGAGAGCUGGCGGCGGACCUGGUGGGAUCUCUACGUCUGCGACGGAAUGAUUGCAGGGGUCCACAGGGUUACCUGCUUCGCCCUGUUCGACAUCCAGGCCGAUGUUGGUUUGCCAUGCGAGGAGAAGGACUUCCUCUCCGGGCGCAUCCCCCGAACACUCUACAUGGAGGAUUUUGACGACGAGACCUUCGCGGACGAGGAACGCGAGUUUUCGUCCUUCACCUACCGCAUCGCUGCGAUUCGGAACCUCGGCCGGAUGAUGCGCAUGCCGCCCGUCACGUUCCCCGAUGACCCGGUCAUCGACCGCAUGCAGUCGCUGCUGACCAACUGGCGGAUCCACCUGCCCGACAGCAAGCGCGACGACCUCAACAAGAACUGCCAGCUCGACGAGAUGAUGUUUCAAGCGCAUUUCAUAACGACAGCCUGCACAAUCAUGCUCCACCAACCCGUCUCCCAACUCGACACCUCUCCAGCACAAGCCGUCAACUCGUGCGCCCCGCACCGACCCAACCCCGCGGGCAACAUGUUCAACGCGCACACGCGGCACACCCUGACGGCGGCGUCGGAGAUCUCCAAGAUGAUCACGCAGCCAACCGAAAUCACGCGGCACACGCAUUUCUUUACGUGCGUCAUCACGUUAUCGUCCAUCGUCCACCUGAGCCGGUGGGCCCUGUACUUUGUCGACGACGAGGAUCACCUGCGCCAGCAGAUCCGUCUCAACAUUGGCGCGCUCAACAAGCUGAGCAAGAUUUGGAAGGCGGCGGAUACCGCGUGGGGACAGGUCAAAGGCGUGGCGCAGGAGAUUUACCGCGAGAAGAAGGCGCAGCAGAUCAGUCCUGCGUUCUGGGUCGGGUUUACGCAGGAGCAGAUGAUGAAUAGUAUUAGGGCGGAUGAGGGGAUUAUGGGCGACGAUGGACAUCGGAAUCAUACGUGGCAUGGAGAAGAUAGCGAGACCCAGCCAGAGUUCUCAGGUAUCGAUAUGGGUCGGAGAUGCUGCCUGCAAUGCAUCCUAGGGGAGGAUCGGGUCGUGGGCCCCGAUUUGGGUUCCGACGAGAGAACGAGCGAGAUCCUCGCCGUACUAGGCCCCUCGGGAUCAGGCAAGACGACGCUGCUCAAUGUGCUUGCCUCCCGCCCAACAGCCGGCACAACCAAUACAACAACAGCAACAACAACAACAACAACAACAACAACAACAACAACAACAAUUACAACGGCGACCCCGGACAGCGGCACCCUCCUCCUCAACGGCCGCCCGGCCUCGCAGUCGGCUUUGAGGGAAGUGACCCGCUUCGUGGAGCAGGACGACUCGCUGGUCGGCGCUCUGACGGUGCGCGAGACGCUAUAUUUCGCCUCGCGCCUUUCCUCAUCGUCACCAUCAACAACAGCGAAAGGAAAAGAAACAUGGCAGGACCGGGUGGCGCGCAUCGAGGGGUUAUUGGAUGCGUUUGGGCUGCGGGAGCAGCGCGAUGUGCUGGUCGGCACGCCGCUCAGGAAGGGGAUUAGUGGUGGGCAGAAGAGGCGGCUGGGCGUGGCGAGCCAGCUGAUUACGGCGCCGAAGGUUCUGGUGUUGGAUGAGCCGACGAGUGGGCUUGAUUCGGUGGCUGGGUGGGAGGUGUUGAUCAUUAUUGCGUCGAUCCAUCAGCCGAGCACGUCGACGUUCAACCUGUUCGACAAGGUGAUGCUCAUGUCUCGCGGCAGGGCGCAUUACUUUGGGCCCGUGGCUGGCGUGGCGCCUCAUUAUGAGUCACUCGGGUACCCGAUGCCGGUGCAUGUCAACCCGGCCGAGUUUCUGCUCGAAUUGGUCAACACGGACUUUGCGCCGGACCGGGACUCCGCGAUGCAGCGGCUAGGUGAGAUGCAGCGUGCUUGGGAAGGGUCGGGGAUGGCCAGGGACCUCACCGCUGCUGUUGCUGCUGCCGAGGAACACGGCUCAGGGGUUGAGCUCGAGAUGAUCGAGCGGAAACCGAGCCUGCCGAGCCUGGUGCUAACGCUGCUGCACCGCAGCUUUGUCAAGAGCUACCGUGAUGUUGCGGUUUAUGGCAUCAGGUUAGCCAUGUACAUUGGUGAACUGGAUGCCUCGCAGGAGGCCAUUAUCCCGUUCAUCAACGCCAUCUUUUUCGGUUCUGCGUUUAUGUCCUUCAUGGCCUGUGCCUAUUCGCCAGCCUUCAUCGAGGACUACAUGCUCUACAUCAAGGAGAAGCGCAACGGUCUCUACGGCGCCACUGCCAUGAUUCUUUCCAACUUUCUCGUUGGCAUGCCUUACCUGUUCAUAUUCGCCUUCGUUUUCUCAGCCAUCUCGUAUUGGCUGUCUAACAUGCAGCCCACUGUACAGGCUUUCUUCACCUCGGUUCUCUGGAUCUUCCUCGACUUGCUCGCGGCGGAGAGCAUGGUGGUGCUCCUGACGUCGAUAUUCCCGUCGUUUGUCAUCUCGCUGGCCCUGAUCGCCUUCGCUAACGGGCUCUGGAUGAGUGUCAACGGCUUCAUGGUGCCGCCUACGAUACUCAAUGUCUUCUACAAAUACGUUUUCAGCUAUUGGGAUUUCCAGAGAUAUGUGUUUGAGAACAUGAUGGUGAAUGAGUUCAAUGAAAGGGUUUAUAGCUGUGCGGAAACAGAGAUGGGCUGUCACUGCAUGUGGCAGACAGACCUCGCAGCCCAAUGCCUCAUUCGUGGCCAAGGAGUCCUUGACCAGUACAAUUACAAGCCUGGGUAUAUGGGGAAAGAUAUAGGCAUUAUGAUUGGCAUCAUUCUUGGCUAUCGUCUUGCCGGAUGGAUGGUGCUGAAGCUGAAGGACACGGCCGCAAUCCACAUCCUCUCGGGCCUGCUCAGCGACGGCACCACCACCACCAACCUCUCUUCCCCUGGAAAAGCCCGCCGCCUCCCAAAACCCAAGCCCGUACGCAUCCCCCCUCCAUCCCAAAUCGCCCUCCUGGCAACCCUCAUCAUCCACCCCUCCUUCACCUCCUGGCCCCGCGAACAAAGCAACCUCCACGCAGCCUCAUACGCGCUGUCCUACCUGCGCAGCCUGCUCAGCACAGCAGGCCCCAUCAACGCCAACUUCCGCGCCGCAUUCGAUUUUUCCCGCACCACCACCACCAACGUGACCCGGCACAACAACAGCACCAACACCAGCGAGUACGGCUCCGGCUCCGCCUCCCCCACCUCGUCGAGUACGACAGACGAAUCCGACACGGUCCUCUCGUCCCGCUUCGCGCGCUCCGAGCUCCUCUUCCGCCGCGCCUCGUCCUUUUGGGCCGUGCUCGGCUGGGCCUUUCGCUGCGCGGCCGAGUUUCCGUCGCACCGGUGGCGGCACUGGCGGGUGUGGUUGGACUUUGCCGUGUCGGUGCUCGAGGCCGACUGGGACCAGCGGCUCGCGCGGGAUAGUGCAAAUGGGAGGAGCGGGCAGGGUAAGACCGGGCGGCCGUUUCCCAUGCUCGAGAGAAGUUUGCUGGUUGGGUAUCUUGAGGGGUUGAGGAGGGAUAGGAGGAAUGUGGUGAAGGAGGUGUUGCGGGCGGUGUUUGCUUUUUGUGAUGGUGGGGAGAACGUGGCGGGCGAUAGGGCGGCGUUUGGGGAGGUGUUUGAGCGGGAGACGGUUGUGAGGAAGGGGAAGAAGAGCAAGAGGAAGAGGGGGGAGCGGGAUGAGCAAGCGGUGGUGGAUUUGGAGAAUGAUCGGUUUGGGGAUUACUUGAAUGGGGAUGAGUUUGAGUCGGAUGAGGAGGAGGAGGGGGAGGACCAACGCUUGCCGCCGUCGACCGCAGCACCAACGAGGCACCGACGACCUGGGAAAAGAUCGAGACCUGAGAAACCAGCCGCCUUCACGCUGACUGACGCCAUCGCCGAGACGGUCCCCUUCCGCUUGCGCAUCUUCCGCCUCCUCUCGGCCGCCUCUUACUACCUCAGCGACGCCCUCGCGCCAGUCCACGAGCUCUACGGGAGUUUCAUCGACCACGUCCGGGGCCUGCCACUCCCGCUAUUCCGCCUCUUCAUCCAGUCCCACCAUCCCUCCCCCUCCAUAUUACCAGAAGACGUGCGCGUCUCCUUUUUGCGCACGGCCAUCGAAGAGCUCCUGCCGCGAAACAUACCCGACCCGGCCGGGGUCGACCCGGAUAACCCGGGUUUCACGACGCUGCGCGUCAUGGAGGAGUGUUUCUUGCCCUUUGCCGCCAGCCGGGUCACGGCCGAGGACAACGCCAAGCUCUCGCUUGCGCUCGAGAGCAUGCUUGCGUUUAUCUACUCGCGCGUCGAGGUGCGCUACUCGGGGAAAUUGCGACGCGCCGUCGAGGCCGGGAUUAGGGCGCGCGAGGACAAGAUCAGGAAGAGAGGUGGUGGUGGUGGGGGCGGUGGGGGGAAGGGUGAUGCGGCGGAGAAGGCGGCUCAGGAGGCGCUGGCUAGGUCGGCGAGGAAUUUGAGGGUGUUGGUUGAUGCUAUUGAGGCUGCUGGGAGCUAG